AUGGACUCCACCCUAGCCCCUGCCCCACCCAUUAAAGCCUCCGCUUCUAAGCUUCCCAUUAAACGCAAAACCCCCGAUCCAAAUCCCUCCAGCCACUCCAACCCCGACCCCGACCCGAAAUACUCGUCCCCGGUGCCCGAUGGAGAUCCUAGGCCUCCGCCUUUCAAAUUUCACCGGAUAUGGACAGAACCCGACGAAAUCCGAUUCCUACAGGGCCUCCUCCAUUGUGCCUCCGACAACCUCUCCUUCCCUCGAGACCUCAACAUUUUCUACGCUCGAUUCUCCGACACCAUGUCUCAGCCUUACACUAAAUCUCAGCUCUCCGAGAAGCUUCGGAGGUUAAGGAAGAAGUUCCGGGUCAUUUCCUCCCGGAUUUCUAAAGGGUUGGAUCAGUCUUUCUUAUCGCCCCACGAUCGUGCUCUUUUUGAGAUUUCUAAGCGGCUCUGGCACCCUGAUUAUGCUGACACGUCGCCGUUUGGUGGAGUUAGUGGUGGGAAAGCUACGAAAUCGGAUUUAGUUGGGGUUGAAGUCAGCUUUUUACCCGAAAUUUUGUCGGGUCUGGAUCCUAAUGAAGUUGAGAAUUUUGAGCUUAAGUGGGAAAAGAGUGAUAAUGUGGUUGAAGGUGUUGAUUUUGGGGAUAUGGGUUUUGAUGGGGAGGUGAAGUUGAGUGAGGUGAAUGUGGAGUUUGAAAAGGAGGAGGAGGAGGCAGAUGAAAUGGGGUGGCGGAAUGGUGGAGAAAUGGGGGCGGAGGAGGUGGCUGUGGCGAAGGCGGUGAUUGAUGCGUUUGAUAAGUCAUUGGAGGAAGUUAGGAUGGGGGUUGUGAAGGAUGGGGGAAGCCUGAAUGGUUGUGAACAGGAGGAAGGAAAAAGAUGGGACUUUGACAGAAGGUGGAAGGAGCAAAGGGUGGCAGAAUUGGAUGUGUUGACUCGCAGAAUGAGGUUGGUUUUUGAGCAAUCACUUCUCCGAAGGCAAUGAGUAAAUAGUUCUAGCAGGAGUAGUGACCUUUUCUGCUGCUUUGGUUAGAUCAGUUUAGUAUUGUUAGUGGAAUUUUGAAGCCUCUCUUGCUAUAUUGAUAUUUGAUGUUUCUCCUUCCUCGUACCUGCUGGUUAAGAAGAUAUGUACAUUUGGUCAUUGGUCGUGUAUUGCAAAAAAAGAGGGGUUUUUUUUCAUGUCUGCUUUGUGCAUGCUGACUAAGUUUAGAGGAUGAGGGGCAAGUGUUGCAGUUAUAUUUAUGUCUCUGAAUUAUAUUUUCCAUAAAGCUGACAUUUGUAAUGCCAUUCAGUUGGUCUGCUCAUGCAUAUUUUAGAACAGGAAAUAUCUGUCUAGUCUCGUGCAGAAUGAGCUAGCCCGCCUUCACUCAUUUUGCUCAUUGGUAUACUAGAUGUUUAUUGCUACGACACCUCCAACAUUUUCCAUCCCGCCAUAAAGGAAAUAUUUCAGGUUGAAGCCACGACUUGGUUGACACUUGACAUUGAAAGUAAUUCAUGAGAUCUACUUUAUGAAUUCGUGUUGGUUUUGUAAGAUUUUCACCCAGUUCAUUGUCCAGUGACAGGCUCGUCUUGGCUUUUAAGAUUUGUUGCCUAGGCUAUGGUGCGUUGGAAGGCAACAAGUGACGUGAAUUGUUAGUGCAUGUUGUAUUGUAUCUUCCAGCUAGGCCA